UUCAGUCGCUUUUGCUUACGGGGCUGAAUGAGGGCUGAGGGAAUGGAGGGUGGGAGAGAAGUUCUGGAUCCAGACUGGACCGAGAGGGAAUUCCAGCAACUGGUCAAAGCCAUAGGAGGCAGAGAGAGCAUCUUCUUGAUCGGGGAAGUGUGCGAGAGCCGGGACCUGAUGUUUCAGUUCGUGAACGACUUGUUUCCACGCUCUGGGAAACUUUACAGUAAACUCUCGGACACACGGAGCAGUCAGCAAAUGAUGGAGCCGCAGUGCAAGGAAUCCGAGCCCGAUAACGAGCGGGAGUUUGAGAGCUUAUUGGAUUCUUCCAGCAAAGUGACCCACAUGAUUAAUGGGAGUAAUGAGCAGAGGAGGAUCAAAGCCCGGCUGAUUCUUUUCCUGUUCCACCAAGAUUUCAUCUGUAACAAGCAGAACGAUCUCGUGAUCCGGGAGCUCCUGAAGGAUGUUCGGCACAGGUCCAGCGCCUGGGAAGAUCUGCCCGCUCUUAUUGGGGUGGUCCACGCUGACAAUGUUACCGGGGAGCUCAGUGUGGCUGUCCGCCUCAUAGAGUACUACUUGCGUACAGUCUUUCACCGGCACCCCGGUGAGUGCGUGCAGGCUCUUCCCUUCAUAGCCAACCAGCCAGACUCUAUGACACAGCUGAAACAGACUACCUGUGUCGUCCUCCGAGCUGUUUCGAGCGUCACAACAGAUUUAAGGAAGAGAAGAGGGGCGUGUUUUCCCGGAAUUCGCUGUUUUUUCAGGAAUACCAGAAGACGUAUAGAGGAUAGACAAGUUAAUAACAUUCGGAAUUGUAUAGAACAAGAAGGAAUAUCCAAGAAUGCUGGGACAGAUGCUGCUUCACAACAAUUGAUAGUGGCUCCAUCCACGGCUGAUGGCUGUAAAAAUGACCUACAGAUUGACCCAAGUGGAAAUAAUGGACUGAAUAUGGAAACUGAAGUUUAAAUGAUUUUUAUACACCAUUAUUUUCUACAUUUGCACAUUGAUUGAGGAGUUCCAGGAUCUGCUGAGAAAAACAAAUUAAAAACUUGACUUUC